AUGGAUUAUGCCAUGUAUGUGCUGCUACAACUCGUAAUACUAUUGUCAGUAGUCCUCAUUAAUACAUCAUCAUGCAGUGCUUGCAUGGAGAGUGAGAGAAGAGCUCUUCUUGAAUUUAAGAAACACAUAAAAGAUCCAAACAACAAGCUGUCAUCUUGGGUGAUGGGACAAAACUGCUGCUCAUGGGAAGGAGUGCAUUGUGACAACCUCACCGGCAACAUUGUUAGACUGGAGCUCAAGGGUCCGGAUCAUCAGAUAUCAAACGAACAUUACUUGCAGCUGAGAGGUGAGAUCUCUCCAUCUUUGCUUCAACUUAGACAUUUGAAUCAUGUUGACCUGAGUGGCAACUUCUUCAAUGGAACAAGUAUUCCAUCAUUCAUUGGUCAGUUCAAACAGUUGAUAUACCUCAAUCUCUCUAAUUCUUACUUUCACGGAGCAAUUCCUUCAAGUUUUGGAAAUCUAUCCAGUUUGCAGACUCUUGACCUCUCAUAUAAUCAUGGAAUUUAUGUUGAUGAUCCUGCUCAUCAAUGGCUUUCUCAUCUUACAUCAUUGCAACACUUGGAUAUGAGUGGUGUCACCUUGCUGGGCAACAUGUCUACUAGCUUGUUCCUAGCUCUCAACAAGCUUCCUUCCAUAAAUGAGCUGCACCUGUCCAGAUGUAAUUUAGAAAAGCUUCCUCUUUCCUAUCCUCAUUUCAACUUCACAUCUCUAUCCAUUCUUGAUCUCUCUUACAACCAUAUCAAUUUCUUGGGGAUUUCCUGGGUGUUCAACAUCAACAGCCUUCAAUAUCUAGACCUCAGUUUCAAUGGUUUUCAUCAGCUGACCACGUACUGGUCUUCCAGAAUGCUAAAUGGAUAUAUUGAUACUAGCCAACAGAGUGAGAUUAACCUACAUGAAAGCAUAGGCAGUCUUUGUAGCUUGCAAACUCUAGAUCUGUCUGGGUUAAAUAUCAACAAGACACUUGUUGAACUUGGAGGCCUUUUCUCUGGCUGCCUUAAACAUAGUCUCACUCAUUUGCAAUUAAGCUCCACUGAUCUUAACGGAGAUAUACCAGAUUGGAUUGGGGACAUCAAGAAUCUCAGGCUGGAAUAUAUAAAUCUUGCUUAUAAUCGGUUGAGUGGCAUUAUAUCUGAAGAACACUUUACUCAACUAGAGAAAUUGGAAACACUUGAUAUGUCUGGUAGUGCACUGGUUUUCAGAGUGAGUUCUAAUUGGGUUCCUCCUUUUCUUCUCAACGAAUUAAGAAUCAGCACUUCCACAGUUGGUCCUGAAUUCCCAGCAUGGAUUCAGACACAACACAAGUUGAAUACACUUGAUUUGUCUGAAAAUGAAAUCUCAAGCACAGUGCCUCAUUGGUUGUGGAACUUGACUACUCGCAACCUUGUCCAUUUAGACCUCUCUAGUAAUCAGAUUCAAGGGAUGAUACCCAAACUCUUAACUUUCUCUCACAUUGAACACCUUUAUCUUUCUGCUAAUUUGUUCUCAGGUCCUUUACCUGAUUGGUUGUGUCAAAUGAAGGGAAUUGUAGCACUUGAUAUCUCUAUAAACCAUUUAUCAGGUGAACUCCCUAAUUGCUGGUCGGAUUCAUCUGCACUAUCAUAUAUAAAUUUGGCAUACAAUAAUUUAUCUGGAGCUUUACCAAACUCAAUUUUUAAUCUUCGUAAUCUAAAGUCACUACUUUUGAGCCACAAUAAAUUGUCUGGUGAGCUCCCUGAUUCCAUGAAGAACAGCAGCCAAUUGCUCGCUCUUGAUCUUAGCCACAACAACUUCACUGGAGACAUACCAACAUGGAUGGGAGAAUGCCUAUCAUUUUAA